UGUAUGUUGUUAUAACGAUAAUUGUUACCAGAGGUGCGGGGUGUGUAGGCAUGACUGCAGUGAAUUUAUUUGACAGGUCUAAGUCCUAAAGGCCUAUAGUUUAUACUUUGAUUGGUUGAUAAUGAUUUGAUUUACGGAUAAUUGAUUUGGAAGUUCUAACUGUAAAUCCGGAGUACAUGAAUAUGCAUACACUGCAGCGUAGACGUGAUCAGCUAAGGGGCCACAAAUGCUGUGCAAGGCUUUGCGCUCACUUCACAAUAAUCCUGAUAAGUGGAGUCUGGUGUUUCUACCUUAUUUUAGGCUCGGUGGUCUUCGUCGCCAUCGAACAAGAAGAAUCAAAUCUGCGGCGGAAACGAAUCGAUAACGAAUUUAAGAUACUUUUAACGGAAUUUAUUACGGACGUUGCAUACAAUACUUCGAUUAAUAAUGAUACUAUUCCUGUGGAUGCAUUAAAGGAGUUACAGAGCAAUCUAUACAACACACUUGGAUUACACCCGAACGAUUUUAUUCACUGGGAUUUUCUUGGGGGCGUACACUACUGCCUCUCUGUAAUAAGCACCAUAGGUUACGGUCACUAUGUUCCGACAAGUCAAUUGGGUCGUGGACUUACGAUGGUGUAUGCACUCUUCGGCAUCCCGUUGAACUUGAUUUUCUUAGCGCGUAUAGGAGCACACCUGAGUCGGCUCAUUGCAUUUACGUACUAUCAACUUAGCUGCUUCGUAGAUCGGAGCCGAGAGAGGCAAUCAGGGCUGACGUCUGAAUCUACCGUGACGACUGUUUCUCAACAGAGUUAUUUUUCGGAAGAUAUCAACGAUUCAUCUUUACCAAAUAAACUUGAUUUUGAAUCCAAGCCCGUUGGCGGUAUUGAUCAUGACUACAGAGAACAAAAAUUACAGAAUGGACAAGCAACUCAAGAAAUUCGAAGACACAAUUCUAAUUCUGAUUCGGAAAUGUCAGUAAAUGUAACGGGUUGUACGUCCGUUCCCGCCAAUUUCAAAGUCCCUUUGUUUUACGUUGGUUUGCUCUAUCUUAUGUACAACACCGGUGGGGCGUUGUUAAUUUGGUAUCGGGAAAAACCUUGGACCUUUUUAGACUCGUUUUAUUUCGCUUUCAUUUCGCUCAGCACAAUCGGUUUUGGCGAUCUGCUUCCGAAUUCGUUCACGAGUGACGACCAAAUGGAGCGAAUUAUGGGCGACAUGCUUCUGAUAGCUUACAUAUCGUUAGGAAUGGCCCUGCUUUCGGCUUCGUUUAACAUAUUAAUCAACAGAGCCGAUGGAUUAGAGAAUCAUGAGAACAAAAGUGAAGAUAUAGAGCUUUCAAAGACAAAGACAAGUGAUGCAUCUCCAUGCUAGUCAGGGAAUCGAGAUGAUUGUACGCCUAGGACUAAAUGUCAGAUAUAUAAUGCAAAACAUUGUAAAACCAGAUAUAGGCCUACUGUACUUAUACUCUAGUACAGGUAUUAGAUUGUCUGACAAUAGAACGGAACAUGGCACACGUUAAAAAUUGGAAAUCUCCAGUGGAAAUGAACCUGUCGAUAUAUAGGUUUAUACAUACAUGGCCCAUUAGUAGAUAGCCACUUCAUCCAAAGUCUGUACAAACAAAACCUGGGCCAAAUCGAAACCGACUCAGCAUUUUGAAGGUGGAAUAAUUUAGGCUUAUUAAGAUGAUGUAUGGUACUAUAGUAUAUUAUAAGGUAUAACAACAAACAUCUGACGACAAGGCCACCAAGAGGGGGCGGGGGAAGAUCCCCGGGGCCCAAUCCCCUAAUAAUGGGCUCCUCCAGAUUGACAGCCCCCACCCCACAAUUUGUUUUGCGCCUUCGUCGCAAUCUUUUUCGCGCUUCGCACUGGUAGAUUGGGGGCCCACACAAAACUCUUACCCUGUUACAGUUUCUCCUCUUGGCGGCCCUGUCUGUGACGCCUUGAAGCACGAGUGAGAUAUGUAGACUGAAAUUCGUGUAACAUAACCGAGAAUAACCCACAACGUGCUAUUGAACAAAAAACAGGAAACUUUUAAGAGACCAUGUAUACGCCUAAUGAAAAUCAUACUUCCAUGCCUACACUUGUGUAAUAUUUCUUUUUAUAAUUGUGUUAUGUUAUGAUAUCAUGUGGCGUUCUAUCUUAUUUCUAAUCAAUAUAUUACACAAACAAUACGUUUAUGAGUACAUUAAUAAUGGUAAGGAUAAUUUAAUGAAUUGAAAGAUGGCGGACGUCUGUUCCAUUAAAUAACGGUUCAUGGCCGAGUUGAAUAGAACUCAUGUUCAUCUUUCAAAGAAUGAAAAUAUUUUUCCUUUGCUAGAUUAACUAGAUUCUUGUCAUUCGAUACAUUGUGAAAAUAUUUUCAAACCUAACUCUUUUCCUUCUUCCUAAUGAAUCAUCUUUGAACAACAAGAAUGAAAUGUUUCCCUCCGCUAAGGUGGUUGUAUUCACUGCUGUCUGUCGAUUUAGCAAGAUUAAGCAAAACCUAAUGAAUGGAUCAUCAUCAAAUUUAGUGAAAUGAUAUAUAAUAAC